CACAAAUCUUACAGCAACUCAGCUUCAUAAAAUCGAAUCCAAAGGCUAUAAACCAGUCGAAACUUGUCUUAUUAUAACGGGGUUGCAUACGAUUUUCUAUCAAUUGUCAUCGUUGGAGGCUGAGGGUACCUACAGCUGUCGGCACAAGAUAUCAUAUUUCCCUCUGCCUCUUUUUUCCCAGAAUCCACAAUCAUUUACACAUGGCGAGCAGAAAGCUUGGGGAUCCUUAUCAUCCACCGCCGGCGAAGUCUCUGCCGGCGAAGACGGCGGAACUUGACCACACGCUCGACAACUUUGGGUUCCAGAUCGAUGUUGUCUCGGCUGUUGAACACGUGGCAAAAUUGCAGCCGUUCAAGCUGCUGCACGGAGGGGUGUCGGCGCUGAUCUCCGAGGCGUUGGCGAGCAUGGGGGCCCACGUGGCUUCCGGAUUCCGGCGGAUCGCCGGCGUUCAAUUAACCGUCAACCAUCUCCGGACGGCUGCCGUCGGCGAUCUCGUCUUCGCCCGUGCUUCUCCCCAGUUCGCAGGGAAGACUAUUCAGGUAUGUAAAUUAAUUGCAUCUUCGAUGGACUCCUCGCCGAACAACGAUAUGCUCGACGUCUUGCAACCAUCAUUUUCGCUGGACUUGGAAGAUGAAUCAUGUGAGCAGAGAACUAUUUGCAGUGAUCCAAUUGCAGAGAAGUUUUUUUUAGCACCAUCAUCCACAGUGAGGAAGAAGCUUAUGAAAUUUAUUGUGCAUAUGCACAUCAUAUAG